GUCCAGCAAAGCAAAGGAGAAGAAGCAGAAGCGGUUGGAGGAGCGAGCAGCUAUGGAUGCUGUGUGUGCCAAAGUAGACGCUGCCAACAGGCUUGGAGAUCCUCUGGAGGCAUUCCCAGUGUUCAAGAAAUAUGACCGGAAUGGGUUGAAUGUCUCCAUUGAGUGUAAGCGAGUAUCUGGACUGGAGCCUGCCACUGUGGAUUGGGCCUUCGACCUGACCAAAACAAAUAUGCAAACCAUGUAUGAGCAAAGUGAAUGGGGCUGGAAGGACCGAGAGAAACGGGAAGAAAUGACAGAUGACCGGGCCUGGUACCUCAUUGCUUGGGAGAACAGUUCUGUUCCUGUUGCCUUUUCUCACUUCCGAUUUGAUGUGGAAUGUGGGGAUGAAGUCCUGUACUGCUACGAAGUGCAAUUGGAAAGCAAAGUGCGGAGGAAAGGCCUGGGGAAGUUCCUCAUUCAGAUCCUGCAGCUCAUGGCCAACAGCACACAGAUGAAGAAGGUGAUGUUAACAGUAUUUAAACACAAUCAUGGCGCCUACCAGUUCUUCAGAGAAGCGCUGCAAUUUGAAAUCGAUGACUCUUCCCCCAGCAUGUCUGGUUGCUGUGGGGAGGAUUGCUCCUAUGAGAUCCUGAGCCGGAGGACCAAGUUCGGGGACAGCCAGCACUCCCACGCAGGUGGUCACUGUGGUGGCUGCUGCCACUGAACUCCCAGAGCCACGAGCAAGUACAAAUGCUAUCUCCCGAGGCCUGCCUUCUCCCCUGGUCCCAUGCCACUUGCCAGGUACCUCAGCUGUGGCUUCCUCAGCCCUGCCUGUGCCAGACGGCUCUGUAAGGGCACAGGACUCUGGGGAGCAGUGGUCCAAGCUACCUGCCACCGCUCUCCUGGAAGAGCAGAGUGCCAGGAAGGGCUGCGAGGACGUACUGUGAAGGAGCUGGCAGGACGACUGCGCAGUUCAUCCUGGCCUAAUGGCUGUCACUUGGCUCUUGGGCCCUGGAGCACAAGUCCCAUCCCCCCCUACUAUGCAGCUGGUUUCCUGACAGUCCCCCCUCCCAACUCAGAAAAAUGGAAUGUUUAUACCCAUCUUUGACAUUCCUGGAGGCCUGCUCUGAGGGCUGCAGGUACCCCCAGAAGAUCUGGCGUGGACAUGGGCUUGGGAUGCAUCCUUGGAGAACUGAGCACUUUGGUAGAGGCCAUUCAGCCCUCCUGCCAAGAUGCAGGAUGCACCUGCUAGCCAUGUUCUUAGGGAUCCACUCCACAGAGUGCUGUCAUCUCAAGGGAACAGCCACGUCUAGGGGGUGCUGUCCCUUCAUCCUGUCAGUCAGACACCAGGAAGAGGGGGCUGCCAUGGGGCCGACUGCUUCUCUGGGCUUUUGGACUUCGCUGCAUUCUGAAUUUCACUUCAUCUCAUGACAGUGAUUUGAGCUUUUUGUUCUAGAGGAAAGCUAGAGGUGUGCCCGUCCUCUCCAUUGCCUCCCAGCCUUGCCUCUGGCCUCACCAAUCACCUCUGUUCUUAGUCUCCAGGGGGAAUAACAUCAGGGAGCCCUUGUCUUCCCCCA